AGAUUUCCUCAGACACGACACCCACGACCAAUUGAGUUUUCCCAGCGCCGUGAAUCGCACUAAAAACGCAGGAAAAUAUUUGAUUUGCAGCAGCUAAAUUAAAAUACAACAACAAGCGGAACGGGGGGAAGUCCCAGGAACGACAGGCAGUGCGAAAGGGAGAGCGUGAGUGAUAUUGGGAGUGAGUGCGUGUGCGAGCGAGAGAUGGGGAGUGGGUUCUUGUUCUUGUAAUUUUACCAAAAAGAAAUUUCGUUCGGGAAAUGUGGAAAAUGUGCGCGAGGAGAGCUGAUGGAGAAAACAACCCCGAAAAGCGAGCAAUCGACGACGAAUAAAUACCAACAAAAACUUACACUGCGCGGCUGAUUAAUAAAAACCCAAAAAAGAAAAGUAAAGAACUAAAAACGAAUAAAAUAAAACGUUAUAAAGAAAGUGUGAGAACGUGAAAUCAAAACUCCAAAUCAGAAUUUGGAUUGUAAAUUUUCGGGGCUGGUCGUUGCGUUUCGAAUGGGAGAUAAACACACAGAGAGAGAUAAAUACGGAAAUAAAAUUAAUGGAAAACCAGCAUAGACAUAUGUAUGUAUGUGGGUGUGAGUUUGACUGCCAAUGUGUGUGCGUGUGUGUCAAAGUGGCCAAGUGUGUGUGCUUAUCGCAUGGAAAUGCAGUCGUAAGUGGAGCAGGCGAGAAAUAAUUUCGAAUUUUGGACAGAUAAAAACCAAGUAAACCCCGCAAAGCCCCCGCUAUAAUGGCGCUAUAAUGCUGCCACGCCUAUCUAACAGACCAUCCUAACAGCUGCCCACAUUUCGUUAACCCAUAUAUGUACAUAUGUAUAUAACACCAGCCAACCAACCAUCUAUCCAUCCAUCCAUUCAGGACCCCAAAACAACGCCAAAAUGAUCUCCGCUGCAUUGGGUCAUCUGUAGAAUCGUCAUCGCAACAGCACCACCACAUAAUGCAUCCCAUGACUCCCGAAAACCACGCCAUCGCCUGGAGCACGAGCAAUACUACUAUUAAUCCUUGUCGCAGUCGGGGCAGCAGGAUGCUGCUCCUGCCUGCUUGGCUGCUCCUCAUCCUGGUGGCCAGCACUGGCCUGCCAGCAGUCAGAGGCCAGUAUCAAUCGCCGCGCAUCAUUGAACAUCCCACGGAUCUGGUCGUCAAGAAGAAUGAACCCGCCACACUCAACUGCAAAGUGGAGGGCAAGCCGGAACCCACUAUCGAGUGGUUUAAGGAUGGCGAACCCGUCAGCACCAACGAAAAGAAAUCGCACCGCGUCCAGUUCAAGGACGGCGCCCUCUUCUUCUACAGGACCAUUCAGGGCAAAAAGGAGCAGGACGGCGGCGAGUACUGGUGCGUGGCCAAGAACCGGGUGGGCCAGGCCGUUAGUCGCCAUGCCUCGCUCCAGAUAGCUGUUUUGCGCGACGAUUUUCGCGUGGAGCCCAAAGACACGCGAGUGGCCAAAGGCGAGACGGCUUUGCUGGAGUGUGGGCCGCCCAAAGGCAUUCCAGAGCCAACGCUCAUUUGGAUAAAGGAUGGCGUUCCCUUGGACGACCUGAAAGCCAUGUCUUUUGGCGCCAGCUCCCGAGUUCGAAUCGUGGAUGGUGGCAACCUGCUCAUCAGCAAUGUGGAGCCCAUUGACGAGGGCAACUACAAGUGUAUUGCACAAAAUCUCGUUGGCACUCGGGAAUCCAGCUAUGCCAAGCUGAUUGUCCAAGUGAAACCAUACUUCAUGAAGGAGCCCAAGGAUCAGGUUAUGCUUUACGGACAGACUGCGACUUUCCAUUGUUCAGUGGGCGGUGAUCCACCGCCAAAGGUACUGUGGAAGAAGGAGGAGGGCAAUAUUCCUGUAUCCAGGGCUAGAAUCCUCCAAGAUGAGAAAAGUCUGGAAAUAUCCAAUAUAACGCCCAGCGAUGAGGGGACCUACGUCUGCGAGGCACACAACAAUGUGGGUCAGAUAAGCGCAAGGGCUUCGCUGACAGUUCAUGCUCCUCCCAACUUCACCAAGCGACCCAGCAACAAGAAAGUGGGACUGAAUGGCGUUGUCCAGCUGCCUUGCAUGGCUUCCGGCAACCCACCGCCCUCAGUUUUCUGGACCAAGGAAGGAGUAUCUACUCUCAUGUUCCCGAACAGCUCUCAUGGCCGGCAGCAUGUGGCUGCCGAUGGAACCCUGCAGAUCACGGAUGUGCGACAGGAAGAUGAAGGUUUCUAUGUGUGCUCCGCUUUUAGUGUGGUAGAUUCCUCCACGGUUCGAGUUUUCCUUCAAGUCAGCUCUGUAGACGAGCGUCCGCCUCCUAUUAUUCAAAUUGGACCUGCCAAUCAGACAUUGCCCAAAGGAUCGGUGGCCACUUUGCCAUGUCGUGCAACGGGUAAUCCUAGUCCCCGCAUUAAGUGGUUCCACAACGGACAUGCGGUGCAAACUGGCAGUCGGUAUAGCAUUAUCCAAGGCAGCUCACUGCGAGUAGAUGAUCUCCAACAUAGUGACUCUGGAACCUACACUUGCACUGCAUCUGAGGAACGUGGAGAGACUUCCUGGUCAGCGAUUUUAACGGUCGACAAAUCUGGCUCCUCAUCUCUUCAUCGUGCAGCAGAUCCUAGCACUUAUCCUGCUCCUCCAGGCACACCCAAAGUCCUGAGUGUUAACCGCACCAGCAUAAGUCUUCGUUGGGGCAAAAGCCAAGAGAAACCGGGUGCUGUGGGUCCAAUCAUUGGAUACACUGUGGAGUACUUCAGUCCGGACUUGCAAACCGGCUGGAUUGUGGCUGCCCAUCGUGUGGGCGACACCCAAGUGACUAUCUCCGGUCUUAGCCCUGGCACUUCAUAUGUCUUCUUGGUUAGAGCGGAGAAUACGCAGGGUAUAUCUGUGCCCUCAGGCCUUUCCAAUGCUAUCAAAACCAUUGAUGAGGACUUCGAUGCAGCUUCAGCCAAUGAUUUGUCAGCAGCACGAACUCUACUCACUGGAAAGUCCGUGGAGCUUAUAGAUGCCUCAGCUAUUAAUGCCAGUGCUGUGAGACUAGAAUGGAUGCUGCAUGUCAGCGCUGAUGAAAAAUACGUAGAGGGCCUGCGUAUACACUAUAAGGAUUCCAGUUUGUCAUCCUCGCAGUAUCACUCGAUCACUGUUAUGGAUGUCUCCGCAGAAUCGUUUGUGGUGGGAAAUCUCAAAAAGUACACCAAGUACGAGUUCUUCCUAACGCCCUUCUUUGAGACCAUUGAAGGACAGCCCAGCAACUCCAAGACUGCUCUCACCUAUGAAGAUGUUCCCUCCGCACCACCCGACAAUAUUCAGAUUGGAAUGUACAACCAAACCGCCGGUUGGGUGCGUUGGACGCCACCACCCAGCCAGCACCACAAUGGUAAUCUUUAUGGCUACAAGAUCGAGGUUAGUGCCGGGAACACCAUGAAGGUUCUAGCCAAUAUGACCCUUAACGCCACCACCACUUCUGUGCUUCUGAACAACCUAACCACCGGAGCCGUGUACAGCGUGCGCUUGAACUCCUUUACCAAGGCAGGGGAUGGACCCUACUCAAAACCGAUAUCUCUCUUUAUGGACCCCACCCAUCAUGUGCAUCCGCCUCGGGCACAUCCCAGCGGCACUCAUGAUGGCCGACAUGAGGGUCAAGAUCUCACCUAUCACAACAAUGGCAAUUUACCCACCAACGAGAUUAAUCCCACGACUCAUAGGAAGACCACAGACUACCUUUCUGGCCCCUGGCUUAUGGUGCUGGUCUGCAUUGUUCUUCUAGUCCUCGUUAUUUCUGCGGCUAUAUCAAUGGUGUACUUCAAGAGAAAGCAUCAAAUGACCAAGGAACUGGGUCACUUAAGUGUGGUCAGUGACAACGAGAUAACCGCACUAAAUAUAAAUAGCAAGGAAAGCCUGUGGAUAGACCAUCAUCGUGGCUGGCGAACAGCAGAUACUGACAAGGAUUCUGGAUUGAGUGAAUCAAAGCUACUGUCCCACGUAAACAGCAGCCAGUCGAAUUACAAUAACUCCGAUGGAGGAACCGACUACGCCGAAGUGGACACCCGUAACCUCACUACCUUCUACAAUUGCCGCAAGAGUCCCGAUAAUCCCACGCCCUAUGCCACAACCAUGAUCAUUGGAACCUCCUCCAGCGAGACCUGCACCAAGGCCACAUCUUUGAGUGCCGACAAGGACUCGGGAACUCAUUCGCCAUAUUCUGAUGCAUAUCCCGGUCAGGCUCCUGCUGUUCCUGUUGUAAAAUCAAACUUCUUGCAGUACCCGGUGGAGCCGAUCAACUGGUCUGAGUUCCUACCUCCGCCACCAGAACAUCCACCGCCGUCUUCAACCUACGGAUAUGCUCAGGGAUCACCGGAAUCUUCGCGAAAGAGCUCCAAGAGUGCGGGCUCAGGCAUUUCCACCAACCAAAGCAUUCUGAACGCUUCAAUACACAGCAGCUCCUCGGGCGGCUUUUCCGCUUGGGGAGUCUCUCCCCAAUAUGCUGUCGCCUGUCCCCCAGAGAAUGUAUACAGCAAUCCGCUAUCGGCGGUGGCUGGAGGCACACAGAACCGAUACCAAAUUACGCCCACCAACCAGCAUCCGCCACAGUUGCCGGCCUACUUUGCCACUGCAGCUCCGGGCGGAGUAGUACCGCCCAACCACCUUCCCUUUGCCACGCAGCGUCAUGCAACCAGCGAGUACCAGGCUGGCCUCAAUGCGACGCGCUGUGCCCAGAGCCGCGCCUGCAAUAGCUGCGAUGCGUUGGCCACGCCAUCGCCCAUGCAGCCCCCACCGCCAGUUCCCGUUCCCGAGGGCUGGUACCAACCGGUGCAUCCCAACAGUCACCCGAUGCAUCCGACCUCCUCCAGCCACCAGAUCUACCAGUGCUCCUCCGAGUGCUCUGACCACUCGAGAACCUCGCAGGGUCACAAACGGCAGCUGCAGAUGGAGGAACAUGGCAGCAGUGGCAAACAGCGCGGUGGACACCACCGCCGACGAGGACCGGCGGUGCAGCCCUGCUUGGAGAGCGAGAAUGAGAACAUGCUGGCGGAGUACGAGCAGAGGCAGUACACCAGCGACUGCUGCAAUAGUUCCCGCGAGGGCGACACCUGCUCCUGCAGUGAGGGAUCCUGUCUUUACGCAGAGGCGGGCGAACCGGCGCCUCGACAAAUGACUGCUAAGAACACCUAAGGAAAAAGUAUUUGGGCCUCCCAAACUGGGUGGAUUAGUAUUAAAGAUAGCAUCUAGUCUAACUCUUCAUUCAUAUCGAACUUGGAAACAGUCUAGGGACUGGGUCAACGCAAAGUUUCUGCAUCAACUGUCGAGAGUCCAUUGCAACAUGUUUCUCCCGGCAGCUAAGCAAUAUAAUCUAAUUGUCUUUCUAAUAUUAGAAUUGCAUUCAAAAAACAAAUAUCUCAGAAGAUUCAGAAGUCGAGAACAGAUAGAUACAAACAGAUAAUGAGAUGAACAUGUUGUAGUGGAAUCUUGGGUACUACACUCAGAAAACACAAAACCACACUUGUCACAAUCAUGGGGGCACUGUGCAGCUUUAGCAAUUACGAAUUUUCCAUUAUCACAUCUACCAGCGUAGAGACUCAUAGACAGGCACAGUGCUCCCCCAUCCAUGCACCACAGAAAAGUUCCCCCCACCCACAUGGGGAAAUGAGAAACCUUUGUACUUAAGAGACGCCAGAGCUGUACGAUAGAUAUUGCUUGAUAAACGCAAAAAGUGAGACAGUAAUCAUUAGAUAGCAGGGAUCUGUUUCCCAGCAGAACUUCAUUAAAAAUACGUACUCAAAGGAACUUAUAGAGGAAGAUAAACCAGAUCAGGCCAUAGCAAGUACACACAAACGUAUGUAGUUAGAACCAAAGUACACACAAUUGUACAGCAUGUUUUGGGGCUUUCGGAUCGGUCCUAGUCAAUAGGCUUGAUAGCGAUACAAUAACGAUACUGAAUACGUUACGAUAUACUUGUAUGCAAAACUCUUUCAUAUCUACGAUCACAAUCGAGCACUUGUCUCCGACUCGAACCUGUGGGAAGUUGAGUAAGGAGAGAGUUGAGGGGCGACAAGUGAAACGGCAGUUGCAAUGUUUAAUGGUUAGUGCUUUUCUAUAACAAGGAAUAA